AUGGCUCAAGUUCUGGUUGUCUACCCUUCGGGUCCUUCGUUUGACAUGGACUACUACCUCAAGACGCACAUGCCUCUUGUCGCAUCAAAGUGGGGUCCUUUGGGUCUCAAGAACUACAAGAUCUUGAACUUCCAGGAGGGUCAGGCUUAUCAGGUUCAGGCUACUCUUGAGUGGGAGAGCGUUGAGACUUUUGACAAGGCUGCUGCCAACGAGGUUGCUAAGGAGAUCUUUGGGGAUAUUAAGAACUUUUACAAUGGAGAGCCGAUGCUUCUCAAGGGUCCUGUUGUGGCCCAUGAGAAUGUCUCUUCUUCCCAUUCCAAGCUCUGA